AUGGGUCGACUCUCCCGUUCUAUGAAGAUCAGGAUCGUCUUGGCGGCUGCGCUCUGGCAGCAUCCGCACAUCUUGAUACUGGACGAGCUGGCAGACUACAUGGACGUCGAGGACAUCCAGGGCCUCCGAAGCGCUCUCGACCACUUUGCCGGUGGCGUCAUCCUGGUUUCCUCGAAUGAACAGCUCUGCAACGACUUCGCCAAUGAGAAGUGGUUCAUGGAUGACGGCGUGCUGCACGUCGAAGGAACCUUUAAGGGUGACAUCCACUGUUCUGCGAAGACGGCAGUGACGCCUUCCGAGGCUGCCCGCCAGUACAUUGCAGACAUCGAGCGGCGGAUGCGCGAGCACCGGCGCAAGCCACUGACAGACAAGGAGCUUUGGCAGUUGGAGGACGAGCUUCACGAACUGAAAGAGGAGCUUUUGCUGAACGACGUCAUGCUCCAAGAUCCGGAAGACGACGACGCCUAUGCCAUCUCGGGGCUUGGCUCGGUGAUCGACGAGCAGCUCGCGGAGAUCCUCCUGGAAGAGUUCGGUGCCGAUCUCAAGAAUUUCCGACAAGCGCAGCGCGACUUCAACCUGAAGCUGAGCCUGCUGGUGGAGGAGAGGCCGGGGGAAGAUCCUGCGUUGGACCUGCUGGGCUUCGUGGCCUACAAGACCUGGGGCCCGCCGGUUCCCGGUGUGAGUGUAGGUGCCGUCGGCGUAGCAGACAAGCAUCGGGGCAAGGGUUACGGCAGGCAGCUUAUGAAAGUUGCUGAAGACCGUGCAGCACUCUUGGGCAUCUCCACCGCUGAGGGCUUCCGGCCUGGCGAAGUGCGGCUGCGGUCUCUGGCCUCUGCGGUGCGUUUCUACGAGCGUCUGGGCUACGAGCGCGUCGAGGAAGACGAGGACGAGGCGAAGCACACACCCGCCUGCCCCGAUCCGGAGCGGCAUGCCGGGGAGGUGGACGAGGACGAUGACGACGGCCCCUGUGUGCCAAUGGUCCGGAAGUGUGCACCUCCGAGCCCACCUACGCUGAUGAAGAUGGGUCCUUUGGUCUCCCCUAAGCAGGCGCCCUGGUGCCCGAAGCUCUCGAGAGCCCUGGAGGAUGGGCCUACCUGGCCAUCCCUAGACCAGUUCGAACUGUAA